UUGACUCUCUCGACUUACAUAGCUCUUAAACAUAGAGACAACAACAUGAAGGUAUUUGUGUGUUUAUUGGCGGUUUGCGCCAUUGCGAAUGCGGGCAUUAUUGGCGGCGGCGGCGGUGGUUGGUCCAGCGGCGGAGGCGGUGGUGGUGGCUGGUCUAGCGGCGGCGGUGGCGGCGGCAGUGUCAAGAUUGUGAAGAUCAUUGAUGCUGGUUCCGGCGGCCAUGGUGGCGGCGGCGGCGGUGGUGGUUGGUCAAGUGGUGGAGGCGGCGGUGGUGGCUGGUCCGGUGGUGGCGGUUGGUCCAGCGGUGGUGGUGGCGGUUGGUCCGGCGGCGGCGGCGGUGGUGGCUGGUCGAGCGGUGGUGGUGGCGGCGGCGGCUCCGUCAAGAUCAUUAAGGUCAUUUCGGAAGGAGGUAGCGGUGGCGGCGGCGGCGGCGGUUGGUCCAGCGGUGGCGGCGGUGGUUGGUCUAGCGGUGGUGGCGGUUGGUAAAUUACCAAUUAACACAGCCAAAAAGCUAACCUCCUUGUGAUAAGCAACAAGCCAAUAGUGUUCAAAUUCAUCGUAAACUUUACAAGAAAAUUUUGCAAUCCUUGCAACACAUACUAUGCCAUAAUCGUACCUAAUCAUCCACCAUCUGGCAGCAGCAUAAAAAUCAUCAAAGCACAACUAUACAAACAGUUUCAGAAAUAUUCACCGCUAAAGUGUUGCCAAGAGUCACCGUCUACCAGUAUGUCUUUUUAAAAUACUCAUAAGUGACUUGAUGAAUCUACCAACCUCUUACUACAUAUUUACAUCUGUACACAUAACUUUUGUGCAUAAAUCCACUAUUUUUUUAGCAAAAAAUAAAGUAAACAAAAAAUUACAAUAUAGUUAAA